AUGCGACUUCUAGCGAGCAUGCGCCGUAUUCUGCCUAGUGUUAGGGCGGACCAGAAGGAGGGGAAAAGGGUUGGCCUGGUCACAGCAACCUCCGCAUUAGGCGGUAUGGCGUCUGGGGGGGUUGUGAAUGAGGAACCUGAACCUGAUGAGGUUAAUUGGAGCGCUGGGGAGGCGGAGGGUGAUGAGGAGAGUGAGGAGGAAAUUAAGGAGGGAAGUGAGGAGGAAAAUGAGAAGGAGCGUGAGGAGGAAAUUGAUGAGGAGAAUGAUGAGGUGGAAGGGGAGGAAGAGGAGGAAAAUGACGAGGAAACCGAGGAAGAAAACGAGAAAAAUGUGGAGGAGAAGAAAGUUGACAGGGAGCGUGAGGAGGAAAAUGAGGAGGAUAGCGAGGAGGAGGAGGGGGAGGAAGAGGAGGAAAGUGAGGAAGAAAAUGAGAAGAAAAGUGAAAAGGAGCGGGAGGAGGAAAUCGAUGAGGAGAAUGAGGAGGAUAGCGAGGAGGUGGAGGAGGAGGACGACGAGGAAACUGAGGAGGAAAAUGAGGAGGAAAAUGUAGAGGAGAAGGAAUUUGAUGAGGAGAAAUUUGAGGAAAGAAAUGAGAAGGAUAAGGAGGAAAAUGAGGAGCAGGAGGAGGAGGAGGAUGAGGAGGAGGAGGAGGAGGAGGAGGAGGAGGAGGAGGAGGAGGAGGAGGAGGAGGAGGAGGAGGAGGAGGAGGAGGAGGAGGAGGAGGAGGAGGAGGAGGAAAAGGAGGGAGUGGAAGGAGGGCGAGUAGAGGAACAGCAGAAAGAUUCACCUCCGUCACAGAAAGAUCGCAAGGGGAAGAAACUCCAGCCCCCUGUGUCCCACGUGCAGAGCUCUCGCACCCUCCUCGCCCUUCGCACUGCAGCGCAGCAGGCACAGGGACAGAAGGUGCAGAAAAGAGGGGGACCAGCGCAUGGGCGAGACGGACGGUUCCAACCCUCAGCAUCCAGAAAGGCUGCUUCUGCUGCCGGAGGUGCAGGUACUGAUGAGGGCGGUGAAGGAGUUGAAGGUGGUGGUGAUGGGCUAGUGAAAGGAAGAGGCAAGAGUGGUGGGGCAAAGAUUGCUCGUCGCUCUGACCGUCCCUCUGUUGCCGCAGCUGCUGCUGCUGGUGGUGGUGAUACUGACGCUGCUUCUCCCAGUCGCUUGAAACAGCAGCAGCAGGAGCAACAACAGCUGGAGGGGGAGGUAGAGAGGGAGGGGCAACGCAAUCGCAGGAAGACAGCAACUCCAAGAAGAGGAGGAGUCGCCACAUCUUCUGGUGCUGCUGCUGCUGGUGGUGCUGCUGGUGCUGCUGGUGCUGGUUCUGCUCGUCGUCGCUCCGCUCCUGCUGCUGCAGCAGCAGCCGCUGCACCACACACGUCCCUGCCGCCCUUCCGGUUCACAUCCAAUCAAGAGUGGCGCCAUUUGGACUAUGGCAACGAUCUCACCGCGCUCACCGCAGACGGGCGGCGCGGCCGCAGCGCCGCCCGCACGCUGGGGUUCCGGGGCGGCUGCAUUCGUCUGCCAGCGGUGCACCGGCAGAUGCUGAGGCGGCUUCUAAGGAGGAUGAUGUUCCGCGGGGAGGUUGAGCAGGCAGCAGGCGUGCUGGCGGCUCUGAUGGACGCGGAUAAGGAUGCUGAAGCGACAAGACGGGCUGUUGACGAGCCUAUAUGGCUGGAGUCCCAGGUUAUUCUGAUCUCUUCAUGCCUGUCUGCCCUCCAAUCCCCCACGCCCCCUGCACUACCCCUGCUCUCCCCCCCCCCAGCAAGUACUGGUGCUGCUGAGAGAACUCUGGCGCAAGGGCUUCAGCAGCGGAGCGGAGGCGGUGGGGGGGAGGGCAGUUCAGGUCUUGAUGCCUGUGUGUCUGCUCUCCAUCCCCUUACUCCCCCUUUUUUACCCCCGUCCCUGCUCUUUAAUUCCCUCCCUUCCUUCAUUGAUUCCCUCUACCAGCAAGCACUGGUGCUGCUGCGAGAGCUCUGGCGCAAGGGCUUCAGCAGCAGAGCCGGUGGCAGCGGUGGUGGUGGUGCUGCUGCUGGUGACGGUGGUGGCAGCAGCAGCAGUGAGCAGCGCAGGGCAGAGAGGAGGCGACUGGUGGUGUUCAUGCGAGCGAUAGCUCUGAAGCAAGAGGAUGACAGGCGCAAGGGGCAAAUGCUUUUGGAUCUCGCCAAGUGCCAAAUGGAAACCAACGAGUUCGACGCUGCCUUCCAAACGCUGCAAACUGUCGUCAAUCUCCCUCCCUACCGCUCCAACCCCUCCCCACUCCUCUUCUGCGCGCUCAUCCUGCACUCCCACGGUGUUUGCCAUUCAAAGAACCCCCGUAUCCCCCCCACUCCCUCCUUUUGUGUGCAGGGUGGUGAACCUCCCUCCCUACCGUGCCGACCCCUCUCCACUCCUCUUCUGCGCGCUCAUUCAGCACUCCCACUGGCUCUCCGCCGCCCAGAAGGACCACUCCUCUUUCUUUUAUCCCUACAACCCCCCUAUGGAGAGGAGGAGGGGGAAGGAGAAGAGAUGGAGGAGGAGGAGGAGGAGGAGGAGGAGGAGGAGGAGGAGGAGGAGGAGGAGGAGGAGGAGGAGGAGGAGGAGGAGGAGGAGGAGGAGGAGGAGGAGGAGGAGGAGGAGGAGGAUGAAGACGGGUGGAUUGAGCGUGAGUUGAUUCAUUUUGGUGGUUAUGAUGAGGGCCACGGUGGUGGUGGUGGUUACAAUGUUACCAGCUCUUCUUUCGUUGAAAAGGCGUCUGAAGCCUCCUUCCUCCUGCGCACACUGCAAGCCGACCCUCUCUGCAUCCCAGCCUUGGUGCCACUAGUGCAGAUUCUUGCCGCUCAGGGUUCCAGAGGAGUGAGAGUGGCCCUUGACAUUCUGCACCGCUCGUGCCUGCCUGCUGUAGCACGCUCCAUUCAUCCAUUCAGAAUCCGCACAUGCGGCCCUUCCCUCCUCAUGAGCACGCUAGCAGUGCAUGUGGACGCGCUUGGUGCUAACAGCAGCAGUGCAGUAAGCGCAUGGUGGGGGCUGGCAGGGAGCAUGAAGGCUGUGUGGCUCUCAGCCUUUGCUGGGGAGAGAGGAGAGCAGGGAAGUGGGAGAGGAAUCAGGGGCGGAGCAGCAGGGGGAAGGGAGGGAGAUGACAGAGGGCGAGGGGAAGGUGCAGCGAGAAAUGAAGCAGCAGCGAGGGAAGCAAGGGCGAGGAAAUUGGUGCUGCAGGUGUGGUGGGAGAGGAGGGAGCGGUGGAAAGCGGUGCAGUUCGGUAUUGGGCAUGUGAAGAGGCAGUUGAGGCUCAUUGAUCGACUGCAAGAAAGUAGAAGCCACAGCCCUGCAAAGGAGCAGCUUCUAAAGAGGAUGAAGGCACUGCUGACGUGGAAAGCCUCACUGGUGCUUCACGGCACGGCGAUUUCGCCGUACACGCGACGCGUGAUCAUGACGCUUUAUGAGAUGGGAGUGGAGGAUUUCGUGCACAUUCCGGUCAGCCCACUCACAGGUGGCACCAAAACACCCGAAUUCCUCAAGAUACAGCCCUUUGCGCGAAUCCCAGUGCUGGAAGACGACGGGCACGUCAUUUACGAGUCCCGCACACUCAUGCGAUUCAUAGCGGACAAAUAUAAGGACCGUGGCCCAAACCUCCUCGGGGAAACACUCAUGGAGCGAGCUCUGGUGAACCAGUGGAUAGAUGUUGAGGGGCAUACGUUCUCCCCACCAGUGAUGAUUCUGGUGUAUGAAAGAGUGUUCAAGCCCCACUUGCACAAGCGGCCCUGCGACGAGGAGAGAUGGAAGGAGGCGAGGGAGAAGCUAUCAAAUGUGUUGGACGUAUACGAGAAGCAUCUGGAAGGGAGGGAAUAUCUGGUCGGAAACUCUUUCACUCUUGCGGAUUUGACCCACCUGCCCUUCACGGAGCUGUUACCGGCCGCAGGGGGGUUUGAUUUGAUUGAGAGCCGCCCGAACGUGAGCAGAUGGUGGGCGAGGAUAUCGGGGAGAGAUGGGUGGAAGAGAACUCAGCAGGUGGAGCCUUAUGAGUUCUGA